AUGGCUCGCAUGGAGCUUGCCCUGGCGCUGAUCGUGAUGCUGACCAGCCUGGGCGGCAGCCACGGUGCCGCGGCUGUCCUCAAGAUUACCUACACGUCCACGAACUGCUCCGGCGCCGCCAUCAGCGCGACCACCUCCAUUGUGACCGCCUGCCCCGCCGGCGUGACCGCGACUGCAGCCUGCAAGCCCGAGGCUGCGGGCUCCGUCUCCACGCGCUGCCUGGCGAACUCCACAUUUGCCUCGCCCUACACCGCCUACGUGCCCGCCGCCGCCCUCGCCGAGGAGGGCACCGACCUGACCUUUGUGCCUGACAACUGCGGCAAGCCUGGGAACAUCACCGUGUCCGUGUCGGGCAAGGUUUGCAAGGCGACCGGCAAGGACUCCGCCGCCCCCUACUGCAUAGGCCCCAACGUCACCACUGUCUCGUUCGCCGGCAGUGCUGACUGCACCGUCGGCAAGGGCAUCAACGUGGCCGGCACCCCCCUGGCCUGCGCAGUGGCCGGCAAGCGCGCCGGCUACUGCCUCAGCGCCGCCGUCCCCGAGGGCUGCAAGGACGAGCUCCUGAUCAUCAACCCUGAGCUCGAGGUGAUCAGCUGCGUCGGUGGCGGCCCCGGCGGCAAGACCUACAGCGCCUUCAACAACGACCUCCCCGCCGUCCAGGAGGCCAUCCCGUCGAUCUCCGACUCCCCCACGGCCGGCUCGUCGUCCUCGUCCGGCUCGGCUGCGGCGCCUGCCAAGUCUGCAGCCGGCAGCGCCGCACUGAGCGCCGGCCUGGCGGCUGCCGCCGGCGCCGCGGUCCUGCUCAUGGCGUGA